UAGAGGUUAAUUAGAAGAAUUUAGAGUUUAAUUAAGUUAAAUAGAGGAUAAUUAGGGGAAUAGGUUUCCUCUGGCAAAAAAAAUUAAAUGCGGUGGUUUUUUUUAACCAAAAGCUUUUAAAAGGUUUUUUUCGCAAAAUGGUGUUUUUAAAAAGUUUUUUUUUUUUACAAAUUUGCCUCAAAUGUAAUAUCAUUAGCUUAUUAGUUGUUUAAAGUGGAUCUUUGUCCCUAAUAGUCUUUAUACUACGUUGUUCUAUAUUUGUGUGUUAGUGCAAUUGUAGUGUCCUCUAUUCAUGUAUCAACUACAACCUAGUUUAAGCAUAAUAUCAAGACCUAUCUAGCAUUACCAUUCCCUAUCGUUCUACUCUAAACUUACCACUAGACUUGUUUAGGGGUUAAUUUAGGAACUAUAAAUUUGUUUCAGUGCUAGGAGAUUAAUCAACGACCUAAUUUUCCCACCGUCACUUAUUUAGAGGUAGUUGUACAGAAUUUGGCUCAUUAGCAUCGCUAUCGCUAGAAUUUAACCAAAAUCAUUUAAGGUAUAAUCCUAUAACCUUACUUGAACUUGAACCGAUUCUAAUUUGACCCGUUUCAAUCAAAACUAUAUGACUCAUCCUAGUUCUGACUUGACUCAAUCCCAUAUAAAUCUGUUUUAACUCAACUAAACCCAUUUAAACAAAAACUAGAUAACUCAACCUAAUUACAACCCAUACUGAUUAUAACCUGACUCAAUUUGAACAUGCAAAAUAUAGCCAAACCAAAUAGAUUAGCUGCUAACUUUCAAAACCAGUUUACUUGCAAAAUGAACCGUAUGAGCCCAACCCUUUCUAACCCGAAACCUCCAAACUUGACCCGAAACCACAUCAACACAACAACAACAAUACUACUUGUGGGCCAUAUCAUGCUUUAGGGUGGGUAAAACCAACACAAGUUUUUUUUAAUUUUUUCAAGAAAAACUUUUAAUAAAAGCGGGUUUUCACUAACUUACUGAAAAUCACAGCAAACAAGUGCAAAUUGGGCUGCUCAAUUUGGGCUCACACGUGUAAAUUUAAAGAACCAAAAAAUUUCUUAUUUUCUUUUUCUUCUUCUCUUUCCUGUUUCUCUUUCUCUGGUUUUUUUUUCUCUCUCCUCUCGUUCUCUUCUUCUCUUGCUUUUGGCGUUGCUACUUGAAUUUCUCUCUUUUCGAUCUUAAAUUUCUUCACUUUGAAGUUGAUUGUUGCUAAUUUCAGUUUUUGCAAUGGUGAAGAAGAAGGUUUCUGGUGAUGAUAAUGUUGCUCUAGGAUCUAUCAAAGGUUUUCGUUAUAGUAGAGCUCAAAAAGCGGUAAAUAAAAUGGAUGCAGGAAGAAAAAAGAUGUUGAAAGGUGAAGGAAGUACAUCCAAGGGAAAUAAAAGGAAGAGGCAAGAAAAAGAGGAUGACGAGCCUGAUAGGAAAAUUACAUGUCGUUGUAGACCUUCUUCAUUAGUUAAGGUUAUAAGUGGGCUUUCUCCGACUCAAAAAAAAGAUGUAGAAGAGGUUGGAUUUGGUGGUUUGUUGUCUUUACGUGUGGAGAGUAUGGUUGGAGGUAUACUUCCUUGGCUUGUUGAGAGUUUUAAUGGAUAUACUUGUAUGUUUUGUGUAGCUGAUGGUAAGGAGUUUGUUGUGACUAAGCAUGAUGUGUGUGAUGUUUUGGUUUGCCUAAGGUAGAAGGUCGUGAGGUUCCUGAAAUGAAGGGUAGUUACAAAGGUCAAUCUCAAGAUGAUAGUGCAUUGAAAAAUAAAUGGAGAGCUUCUUUGAUGUUUGUGUUAAGGAGUUGAUACCUUUGGCUAGAUUAGAAACUAGGAUCAAGGAGUUGGUGGAUGGAGGUGAUGAAUUUAAGAGGUUAUUUGUUAUGCAUGCUCUUAGUAGUAUGCUUGUUCCUACCGCUAAUAGGACUGUUAAUUUUAGGUUAGUUAAUGCUGUGGAUGAUGUUGAUCAGAUUAAAAAUCUUGAUUGGUGUUCAUUUGUUUUGAGAAAGUUGAUGAAUUCUGUUGUUAGUUACAAAAAUUCUGAGGCUAAAGAUAGUAUUAGUGGAUGUUUGUUGUUGCUUAAGAUUAUGUAUUUUCAUCGUUUGAAUUUCCAAGGUGUAGUAGAGAACUCCACUAUUCCUCUUAUUCAACACUGGACAGAUAAAAAAGUGAGGAACAGGGUGU